AUGUCAUCACCAGUCCCUGAUCUUGACGGUGCUGCCGUUCCUGAAGAGCAAAUCCUUGGUUAUGGCAGGUCGGGGUUGGUAAUUCGUGUCGAGAACACCGCGCUCAAAAUACCUUUACGCUACAUUAGGAGCAGCGAUGACGAGGUUGAGAUAAACACUGAAGUUAUACAACGGGAGCAGGAGGCCUAUCGACGCUUAGGACAAUGUGAAGGCGUUGUGGCCUGCCUCGAAAUGUCAGAGAAAUCUACCCGGCUUGCUCUAAUGGAAAAUGGUGAUCUCCGCUCCUAUAUCACCAAAAUUCGGCCGUCGAGGUUGCUUCAGCUCUUCUGGUUCCGUGAAAUUGCUUACACUCUUUCUCGCAUACAUGAUCGUCGCGUGAUCGUCGCCGAUGUCUCAAGUCGAAACCUCCUUCUCGAUGCCGACCUUUCUAUUAAAUUCUGUGACUUUACCGAGUCAUCUAUACUCCCAUUAAUAGCAAAUAUAGAGGCUGCCAACGACAAUGGGUAUUCAAUUCAGACAGACAUUGGUCAACUCGGAGCUGUGAUAGUCGGCGACUUCUAUGUCGAAAAUUGA